AAGGGGCAGGCUUGGAUGGGCUCAAGCCUGCCCUCCAAAAUCGAACAAUUUUUUUUUACUACUACUCAUCACAGCAGCCCAGCCCAGAAAACACAGGCCCAUCUACUCAGCAGUCAGCCCAGCCCCUGUAAACGCUGGUGUCGAGCAACCAAUUCGAGCGUGCUGCAACACAUCUCGACGCCUUACCCAGCCACAGCUCCGCCGCACCGCACCGCAACCCUAGCCGCCGCCGGAGCACGCCGCGACGCCGUCGACGGAGAGCACGCCGUGACGCCGUCCAGGGAGUUCACGCCGCGAGGACGCCCACGAAGAGCAGCACGGUACGCCGCGACGCCGUCGACGGAGCACACAGCCAGGGCGCCACCGACGCCGCCGGAGCCAGCCGUUGGGACCUCACCGGCCGUUCGUGGAGCCCACCGGCCAUCCGCAGAGCCCUGCGUCAAGGGAUCGACUGCUCGGGGCGCUGGCUCAUCAGGUCCAGUUAAGAGAAAUGAAAAGAAAGACUUUGAACAAUUGGUUUGCAAGCACUUCAAACACCCCCCGUGGCAACUUCAUCUGUUGAGCGAAUUUUUUCAGCUAUGAAGAUCAUCAAAACAGAUUUGCGCAAUAAGAUCUCGGAUGAUUGGCUCAAUGACUUAAUGGUGUGCUAUUGUGAGAAAAGGAUAUUCAAAAGUAUUCAUGAUGAUCAGAUCAUGAUACAAUUCCAGAAAAAGAGUGAUCGGAAAGCUCACCUGCCUCGUGAGUAUAAUGUGAUUGCUUAAGAGUUUUCUAGUUCUAGUACAACUUUGUAUACAACUGUUUCGUCGCAAUAAACUAGCUACUUUUGGACAGAUGGCAUGGCGCUUGGGAUCUGAAGCAUAUAAUCUAUAUAGUUCUACAGUAGCAUUGGUUAGAAGCAAAACCGGCAUCAUUGGUUUCGUCUUCCUUUUUGUUGCUUCUGUAGUACUUUAUCUAUUGCUGUGUGAAUUGUAUGCUUUGGAAUCGAAAGUUUGUGGUAUGACCAAAUAUGUUACUACUUACUAGUAUUGCUGUUGUAAAAUAUCAUAUCGUUUCAGGCUCA